AUGCACGGUAAGGAUGGGUGGACGGCCCAGAUCUUCCGCAGUGACGGCACCCUGCACCCUGGUCCGCGCCGCGACUAUGGGACCUGGAAUAGACAGAUCGGGAAGUCGAAGGGGAUCAUGUUUGGCAGCAACUGGGUCGAGAUCGGGGCCUUCCGCAUCGGAACCAUCGACAACGCCCACUUGUCAGUCGCGCAUAAGAGUGGCAAAACCGCGCAGAUCUUCAGAAAUGACGGCCAUUUGUUCCCGGGGCCGCGUGGAGACUUUGGCACUUACGGAAGGCCGUCCCCACUCUCCGGGAUCUCUGAGGGCGACCGUUACCUCCAAAUCGGCCAGUUCCGCCUGGGGGACGUCGACGGCGCGCACUUUACUGUGAUCCACACUGGCCUCAGCAAGACGAUCCAGAUCUACAGGAAUGAUGGCACGCUGCACCCAGGUCCUCGAAAUGAUUGGCAUCAGCUCGCCACCAGGAGCUCGAAGCUCUGUGACUAA